CGCUAUAGCUAGUGGAAACUCCUCCGUAGAUGCGCGUUUUUACGCCAAAUCACUUCCACGCUGCCAGCACAUGAGGGGAGAGCAGAGACGAUCAGCUCACACCAAAGACUUUUACACCAACUCUCCCACCUCCAGACAGCACAAUGGCAGAAGAAAAGAUCUCAAUAGACGAUGUAAAGACGUCCAACGGUGAAGCGCACCAGGACAGCCCGACCAUCGCCAACGGCUUGGGCGAUCACAGGAGGAGCGAGCCGGAGAGCAGAGGGCAGAAGCUGAAACGCUUCGCCAUGGCCAAUCUGCUGGUCAUCCUGACGGUGUCCGCGGUCAUCGGCGGCGUCUUCAUCGGGCUCGGCGUGCGAAGCGUCGGGUUGAGCCGCACGCAGAUCCUUUACUUCGGAUUCCCCGGUGAGCUCCUCAUCCGCUUGCUCAAGAUGAUCAUCAUUCCUCUGGUGGUCUGCAGUCUGGUGUCAGGGGCUGCCAGCCUUGACCCCAAAGCCCUGGGCAAGCUGGGCGGCUGGGCAAUGCUCUUCUUUCUGGUGACCACUCUGAUCGCGUCUGCCAUCGGCGUUAUUAUGGCGUUCAUCAUUCAGCCUGGCUCCAGCGACGGCCAAAAAAUAUCCAACCUCAACCAGGAUGACAUGAAGGUUCCUGAAGCCAAAGAAGUCAUCGAUUCGUUUUUAGACUUGAUAAGUGCCACCAUGGUGUUGGUCUCCUGGAUCAUGUGGUAUGCACCACUGGGUAUUAUGUUCCUGGUUGCUGCUAAGAUUGUAGAAAUGGAGGAUGUUGGCUUGCUGUUCGCCAGCCUGGGGAAGUACAUCGCCUGCUGCGUCAUUGGCCAUGCCAUCCAUGGUCUCCUUGUCCUCCCGCUCAUUUACUUUGUAAUUACACGGAAAAACCCAUACACUUUCUUGCUGGGAUUGGUCACCGCUUUGGCCACUGCCUUUGGAACGUCCUCUAGCUCUGCCACGUUGCCCCUUAUGAUGAAAUGUGUGGAGGAGAACAACGGUGUGUCCAAGCACAUCAGCCGCUUCAUCCUGCCCAUCGGAGCGACCGUCAACAUGGACGGAGCCGCCUGCUUCCAGUGCGUAGCUGCGGUGUUCAUCGCUCAGCUGAACGGAAUCCCACUGAACUUCGUCCAGGUCAUCACCAUCCUUGUGACUGCGACGGCGUCUAGCGUGGGUGCUGCUGGGAUCCCUGCUGGAGGGGUGCUGACGCUGGCCAUCAUUUUGGAGUCAAUAGGCCUGCCCACCAACGAUCUGUCCCUCAUCUUGGCUGUGGACUGGCUUGUCGACCGCACUUGCACGGUCAUCAAUGUUGAAGGCGACGCCUACGGAGCAGGUCUUCUGCAGUAUUUCGUGGACCGCACUUCCAGUAAAGAGGGGGCGGAGCUAAAUAAAGUGCGAGUGGAGGAAGAAGACUCCGCCUCCAGGCCAGAAAGUUCUCCACUCAUCGAAAAACAGGGAAACCUUGAAUUGGAAGAGGUCGCUGGACCGAAACCCUGUGAAAAGGAGUCUGUCAUGUAGACUUGCACAAUAUUUCAACACACUUUCCAUCCCGACCUGUCUGAUCUCACUAAAUCAAUCUCUGCAUCCACACAGUGACCGUGAGAGAGAUACAGGUUUAGAUUAAGACAGGACAAAGACUACAUCCUUUUGACCCUCCUCUGUGCCCAGCUCUUUAUGAAAGGAGUCUGCCAAAACGUAUGCACAUUUAGAUGGAAAAAUGCUUGAACACUUAUUUAUUAGAUGCUGGUCAGACAUUUUGGAUUUUUUCUCUUUUUAUAUUUGCUUUACUCCUUUUAUA